AUGGGAAUCGCGGUCUACAACAUCUCCACCACCUCGGCCAAGGUCAGCUGGCCGUCGUCGCCCAGCUGCCUCGACACCUUCUACAGCGUCAUGUACGACCCCAACUGGAACAGCCUCUUUCUGGGCUACAAGCGCAAGAACUUCAUGCACGAGGAGCGCAUCCCCGUCAGCCAGACCAGCACACACCUGGCCAACCUGGCCCCCCAGACCGCCUACUUCCUGUGCGUGACGUGCCAGGCCGCCAACCCGGUGCGAGACCAGUGUCAGGUGUUCAGCACUCUGAGCGAGAGCGGCGAGGGCCACGACCGGGCCGGCUGGGAGCUCGCCAUGGGCGUGUGGCUGACCUGCUGCAUUCUGCUCCUGGUCAUCGCCGGCAUCCUGCUGUGGGGGUGUCUUCACACCAUCUGCACGCUUCCGGGCCAGGUCAACAACGGCUGCCCGGUGGUGGCCGGCUCCACCCGGCAGGACGCGCCCGGAUCCGGACGGCUCUACGCCCCCAGGGCGAGCGAGGACAACGCCAAGCGCGGCGCCAUCAUGCAGCCGCCUCGCCUUUCGGCACAGCCCAGCGGCCACAUAAUUACCCAAGACCAUGAGCUGAGGACGCUCGCUAAGCUGUCUGGCAGCGAGCCAGCAUGAAUCACCGGGAUUAAGGUCACCGCGGCAUUGUUCCACACCAACCAAAUAGUCACCA